AUGGCCGCUGAAGCCCAAGUCGCUCUCCAAAUGCAACGCAUCGAUACGAUGCGCAACAUGUCUACUCGCUUGACCGACGCCAUUCUCGCUACCCAAGGUGCACCCGCUAUUGAUGCCGAACUCGCUAUCCUCAAUGAUUUGUGGACCCGCUUCACCACAACUCAUGAGAGGCUAUAUGAGGACGUACCUGAGAUCAUCCAGAAUGAGUAUCAUACUGGCAAUGCUUUCCGAACCGCUAGUGAGACUUAUACGUUGCUUCGAGUUCGACUUAGUGCCGCACGACCGGCUCCAGAACCCGCUCAUGAUGCCCAUGCGGUUAAUCCAGAUCAAACUGCUUAUUUUGGAGGUGCUCAUAAAUCCAACUUGCCGCAAAUAAAAUUACCAACGUUCCAGAGCUCAUAUGACGAGUGGGACUCGUUCAAGGACUUGUUCACCUCUCUCGUCAUACACGAAGAUUCGCUUACCGGCUCACAAAAGAUGCAUUACUUGAAAACUCAGGUCAAAGGUGAAGCCGCUUCGUUACUCGCUAACCUACCCAUAACUGAUGACGCGUUCCAGCCCGCUUGGGACUUAUUGAAUACUCGCUACACAAAUCCACGUCGAUUGCUCGAUAUGCAUAUCGAUGAUUUGUUGGACCGUCAACCGCUCACUACUCACUCCGCUGCUGAUCUGGACGCGCUGUUACUCGCUAACAAAAAAUCGCUGGACGCUAUUACGGCCUUGGGAAUCCCAAUCGGUGAGUUGGACCCAUUCCUAAUUCGGCUAACAGUUCGUUGUCUGCCAUCAGACUUGAGAGUGGACUGGAUGUCAUCGCUUGGGUUGUCCAAUGAAUUUCCCACGUACAAGCAACUCCACGAUAUGCUGAAAGCAAAGGUUCGUGCGUGGGAAAAUUCGGAAAUUGGAGCCACUGUAUCCACCUCAGCUCAAUUAAAACCAGCCACGGAAAGACCACCAGCACCAAGAACUUACUCUAGGUCUGUCGCUACUGGCAAGACAGGAGGCGCCACCAGUAAAUCCGCUUCAUCCUCCAAUGCAUCUACUUCGAGAGGAGGCGCCAGCUACAACGCUUUCACUCCGAAAGAGAAUACGAGUGAACCAGGGAUGUGCCCCAUUUGCAAGAAAAAACACUUUGUGUUGUUUUGCCCAACUUACCAACAGGCAACGCCACAAAACCGGAAGAUGAUGGUUUAUCACUACCGGCUGUGCUACAACUGCUUGGGAAGACACCGCUUCGCUGACUGCAAGACUGAGCAGAGAUGCCAAUACUGUGAAAAGCCACAUCACACAUCUACACACAUCGAUGAUGGUGCUGCCGCUAAAUCGGUACAGGAACCUGUUGUACCGACUCAAGGAAGUACAUGUACUGCCCGUGUACUUAUUGAUCAAGGAUCGGAGUUAUCCUUUGUGACGCAUUCGCUAAUCAAGAAGUUGGAUAUACCGCUAAACAAGGCAGCUAUACCAUUACGAGGGAUUGGUAAUGUGUCAGCUGGAAAUUCACUUGGAUCAUGCCAGGUGUCGCUGCAUUCGCUACAUAGUUCCGCUUCUAUUACUAUCCAAGCUCAUGUGCUUGCUCUAUUGACGGUGAACUUGCCGUCAUUCACGCUAACCAACAAGAAAUGGCCGCACAUAAACGGUCUACAACUCGCUGAUCCAGACUUCUUAACAUCUCGACCUAUUGACAUCAUUCUGGGUGCAGCACCAGCUGCACACAUAAUCAACGCUAAGAUAAGGAAGGGUAAUGACAAUGACCCAAUCGCUCAGUCAACGACGCUUGGCUGGAUUAUCUAUGGAUCUGUAGACACCGCUACUUCUAAACUGACAGCUUACGGUCAUCAUGUCACUGUUGAUGAUCAAUUACAAGACUUGCUGAGCAAGUUUUGGUACCAAGAAGAACCACAGACAGAAUUCGCUAUACACUACAAUGAAGAUGAAGAAAAGUGUGAACAACACUUUGUCAAUACACACUACAGACAGACUGAUGGUCGAUAUGUCGUUCGCUUGCUGCUUAAAUCUUCUCCAAGUCAACUGGGUGACUCGCUACGAGCUGCGCAAUACGCUUUACUUCGUCUUCGCAAACGUCUGGACAAAGAUCCAAUCUACAAGAAGCUAUACUACGACUUCCUGAAAGAAUAUGAAGACUUGGGACACAUGAGACGCGUAAAAUUUAAGGAUUUACCACCAAAUAGCUACAUGUUACCUCAUCAUGGGGUUCUUAAAGAACAGAGCACCACCACCAAGCUCAGGGUAGUAUUCAAUGGGUCAUGGAAAACGACAUCAGGCGUAUCCAUCAACGAGAUACUCCAUGUGGGCCCCAAGAUUCAAGUUGACAUCAGUGAUGUACUGAUUCGAAUUCGCUGUCACCGCUAUCUAUUCGCUACUGACGUAACUAAGAUGUUUCGUCAGAUUGCAGUUGACAAGGAAGAUCAUCAUCUACAGUGCAUACUCUGGUUUGACGAAGAGGACCUACCAACAGUAUUUGCACUCGCUACGGUUACAUAUGGAACAACAUCAGCUCCAUAUCUCGCUGGAAGAGCACUUUUACAACUCGCUGAAGAUGAAGGAAAUAAAUUUCCUAAAGCUGUUGAACCGCUGACGAACACCCGCUACGUUGAUGACAUCUAUGGAGGCGCAGAUGAACUCGCUGAGGCAAUUCAAGUUGCUCUCGACACAAAAAAUAUGUGUGCCGCAGGAUGCUUCCCGCUUGCAAAAUGGGCAAGUAAUUCAACAGAAUUACUGUCUCAAGUCGCUCCAGUUGAAACCCAAGAAGAUACACCACGAGAACUUGGGGAUACUACAGUAAAAGUGCUCGGGCUAACCUGGAAUUCUACUCAAGAUCAAUUCCAGUUUGGUUAUUCGCUACCAGAAGCAUCUCCAACUACUAAACGCACAAUUUUAUCUGAAAUUGCUCGCUUGUUCGACCCGCUUGGGUUUUUGGCACCCAUCAUCGUAAGAGCCAAGAUGUUCAUGCAGAAGCUGUGGCUGCAGAACUUCGAUUGGGAUGCUACGCUAUCACCGUUGCUUCUUCAAGAAUGGAAUUUGUUUCGAGAUGAACUACAUCAGAUCUCGAAGAUUCAGAUACCUCGCUGGAAUCAUGUAAGAACUGGUGUAUCAAUAGAAUUACAUGGAUUCUCUGACGCUUCGAAACUCGCUAUGGCUGCUGUCGUCUACUUAAAGGUUACUGACGCUUCUGGAAGCUCCAAUAUUUCGCUAGUGUGUGCCAAAACACAAGUUGCACCACUGAAACCAAUAUCUAUACCAAGAAUGGAGCUCAAUGCCGCUGUAUUACUCGCUCAACUGGUACUCUACGUAAAGAAGGUCUUGAAGCUUGAAAACGUCCAAUUUUCAUGUGGACAGACUCCGCUAGUUACCAAGAUUCAAGAAUCGCUACCAAGUGUCAACUGGGAUUUUGUUCCUGGGAAACUUAACCCAGCUGACUGCGCUUCAAGAGGUUUAACAGCAGCCAAACUAGAACAGCAUUCGCUAUGGUGGACGGGACCUAAGUGGCUCAGUCAAUCAAAAGAAAACUGGCCAUCUUUUGACAUCCCUACUCAGACGGUAUCACAUCUUGAAGAACGUCCAGGUCUGGUUUUUACCAUCUACAAGGCAGAUUCACACCCGCUACAUACGCUAUUGGAUAAAUUCUCUAAGUUGUCACCACUACUUCGCACGCUUGGAAUCUGCCUACGUGCCAUCGCUAAAUUUAAAAAAGUGCCACAGUCCACACUGGCCACACCACUCUCUACAGUUGACCUGGAACUCGCUAAGAUUUUGCUGAUCAAGUAUACGCAAAGUCAGUACUAUUCGCAAGAGCUGAAACUACUGAAAGAUGGUGAUUCUCUACAUCGAAAUCAUCGUCUCGCUAAAUUGAUUCCCUACGUCGACUACAAUGGAGUACUCAGAGUCGGCGGUCGCUUGAAGAAUUCGCUCCUGGAUGAUGAUCAAAAAAAUCCAGCUAUUUUACCACGAUCAUCACGUCUAAGUACGCUACUGAUAGAGCAUUCGCAUCAAAAGACAUUCCAUGGGGGAACUCAAUUGACACUCGCUGAUCUAAGGAGAUCUGUCUGGAUAGAAGGUGGCCGUGUUCCAGUCAGGUCUCAUAUUCUUCGCUGCGUCGUGUGCACGAGACAUAGAGGUGUUCGUGCACAACAACUAAUGGGACAAUUGCCAUCCACUCGUGUAAGACCAUCUAAAGCAUUCUUGCACACUGGAAUAGACUACGCUGGGCCAGUAACACUGAAGACAUUUCAAGGUCGAGGUGCGAAAACCUAUAAGGGUUGGAUCGCUGUUUUUGUAUGUCUCGCUACGUCCGCUAUACACAUCGAAAUUGUCACCGACUAUUCUACUGACGCUUUCGUCGCAGCAUUCAGAAGAUUUACUAGUAGGAGGGGCGCCUGCAGUACCCUAUACUCGGACUGUGGUACAAAUUUUGUAGGAGCAGACGCUACGCUAAAGAGAGAAUUCGCAGCAGGAUCGAGACAGCUACGGGAACUUCAGUAUUUACUCGCUACAGAUGGCACAGACUGGAAGUUCAACCCGCCAAGUGCUCCCCACUUUGGUGGCAAGUGGGAAGCAGCCGUCAGGUCAAUCAAGUUCCAUCUUAUUCGAACUAUUGGUGAAUCGCUAUUGACUUACGACCAACUCGCUACAGUGCUAACACAGAUUGAAGCUGUGCUCAAUUCAAGACCGAUCGCUCCGCUAUCCGAAGAUCCUGCAGACUUAACCGCUUUGACUCCUGGACACUUUCUCAUCGGUGAACCUCUAAUCGCUGUGCCAGGACCUUCGCUACUGGAAAACAAUACCGCUACGUUGUCACGCUGGCAACAAUUACAACAAAUGUUCCAGACAUUCUGGACUAGAUGGUCGUCCGAGUAUUUACAACGACAUCAAUCAAUAUCAAAGUGGCAUCAUCCAUCUAAUAUCAUCAAAGUGGGCUCAUUAGUCCUGCUGACUGAUGAAAGGUUCCCACCAUCAAAAUGGCCACUCGCUAGAGUACUCGCAUUACAUCCAGGACGAGAUGGGUUGACUCGAGUCGUCACCCUGAAGACCGCUACCACUGAACUUGUUAGACCAAUCGCUGAACUGUGCGUGCUGCCAGUUCACUCUCCAGACGACAAUCCUGUCGACACCGUCGCCAGCGCUGGGGAGAAUGUUCAGUCAAGACCCAAUUCGCUACCACCUGAGAACGCCGAGCCUCACCAAUAG